CUGCUGCAGGAGACUCUGUACCUCACAGUUGCUGUCAUGGAUCGAUUCCUCCAGGUCCAGCCGGUCUCUCGCAGGAAGCUGCAGCUUGUCGGUGUGACGGCCAUGCUGGUGGCAUGUAAAUACGAGGAGAUGUACGCUCCAGAGGUGGGAGACUUCGCCUACAUCACAGACAACGCCUUUACAAAGGCUCAGAUUCUGGUGAUGGAGCAGCUGAUUCUGAGGGCCCUCAACUUUGAGCUGGGACGCCCUCUUCCUCUCCACUUCCUGAGACGGGCUUCCAAAGUGGGAAACUCUGAUGUAGAGAGACACACGCUGGCCAAGUACCUGAUGGAGUUGACGCUCCUUGACUACAACAUGGUGCACUAUCGGCCCUCUGAGAUCGCUGCUGCUUCUCUGGCGCUCUCCCAGCUGCUGCUGGUAGCCCUGCCCUGGUCUCCUCAGCAGCAGCACUACUCCACUUAUGACGCCGCUCACUUGAAGCCCAUCAUGCAGCACAUCGCCAAAAACAUAGUGAUGGUCAAUGAGGGGAAGACAAAGUUCCUGGCUGUGAAGAACAAGUACUCGAGCAGCAAGCUGAUGAAGAUCAGCCUCAUCCCUCAGCUGAACUCGUCCAUCAUCAAGACCAUGGCGGCCGCUCUGCUCAGUAAUCCUUGAGAACUUUUACAUCAUCAGUGGACGUUUCACUUGCACUUUAUUUAAUAUUGAUUACAUUCUGUGGAUAAACUAUAGUACUUUUUUUUAAUAAAAUC